GCUGGUGGUAAGCUGUGAUUUGGCCUCUCAACAACCUUUUUCCUUGGCCUUGCUGUCGAUUUGUCACCACUGCCACGGUGAACAGAAAUAGAGACGAUACAUGAACACUUGAUUGAAUGAAGAAUAAUCAAGAUGGCAACAACAUCUUCCAUUUCAUCAUCUGGGGUUUCAUGCGAAGAAGAUCCUCCUGUCAUGAUAGAAGACAUCCUUAUAGAUGAGAUGCCAACCAGACUAAUUAAGGUUGGAGGAGAGUUCUCAGAAACCAGCAAUGGUGUUUUUCCCAAAGUUCUCUUCCUAGUCAUUCCAGGCAAUCCUGGUGUAGCAGAGUUUUAUGAGGUAUUCUGUCAGACGCUAUACAAGGCAAGCAGCUACACCAUCCCUGCAUGGGCAAUAUCUCAUGCGGGGCAUAGUGAGGUUCCAUGUAGCUUACAGGAAAAACUAAAAGCAACAGACCGUGAUGACGAAGUUUAUAAUCUCCAGCAACAGAUAGAACAUAAAAUGGCUUUCAUCGAAGAUUACAUUCCUCCAGGGGUCAAGCUUAUUCUGAUAGGUCACUCAGUAGGAUGCUACAUCAUUGUGGACCUCAUCCGUCGCAUGCCCAAACUCAACCUGUUGAGGGCGGUGUUGCUGUUCCCUACUGUGGAGCAUAUAUGGGACACCCCAAACGGGCGGACGAUAGGGAGUAUGGUGGUUUACCUGAGGUGGGCUGCCAUAGCACUGUCAUAUAUCAACUACUACCUCUCUGACUGGGUCAAAUGGAGACUCGUACAAUGGUGGUUUCGAGGCAGAAAAAUCCCGGAUUGUGCGUUCCAUGCGAUACACCAGCUAACCGACCCAGCCCGCAUCCACAAUUGCAUGUACAUGGCUGCCACGGAAAUGGAAGAAAUUCUAGACGCCGACUACUCGACCAUCCAGGAACACCUCGACAAGUUUAUUAUGUACUACGGAUCAAAGGACAAUUGGGCACCGAGAAGCCACUAUGAGAACAUGCGCAGGCGAUUCCCAGAGGGCGAUGUUCGGUUAUGUCGGCGUGGUCUGCAGCAUGCCUUCUGCUUGGAGUCAAGUGAGCUUAUGGCCGAUAUGGUUUGGAAUUGGACGUGUCCAUCCAUUCAGGAAAUUCAAUGAU